AUGGUGGUUCCGGCUGCACUCAAGAUCAUCCGCUUGAAGCCCACCCGCAAGUUUGCCUACCUGGGCCGCCUGGCGCACGAGGUGGGCUGGAAGUACCAGGCGGUGACGGCGGCGCUGGAGGAGAAGAGGAAGGAGAAGGCGAAGCUGCGCUACAACAGGAAGAAGAAACUGAUGAGCCUGCGCCGCCGGGCCGAGCGCAACGUGGAGGCCAAGACGGCUCCGUUCACGGCGGUGCUGCGGCAGCACGGGCUGCUGCUGUGAAUAAAGGCACUGGUUUGGACUGGUUUGAA